AUGCCCCCCUACACAAUCCACCCCCUCCCCAAAUCCCACCCCAACCCCUCAACCUGGACCCGCAUCCUCGCCUCCCACAAGCACCUCCGCCUAACAUCUCUCCUGCUCUCCCCCUCCGCCUUCUCCUCCACCCACGCCCGCGAAGCAGCGUUCACACACGCGGAAUGGGACGCCAGGCUGCGUAAUCCGCUCGCUGUUACUUUCGUCGCUGUCUCUCCAUCGCCAUCGCCACUGGAUGGCCGCGAGGAUGUCGUUGAGGAUGAGGACCCAGUCGCAAGCGGAGAAAACUGGAUUGGCACGACAGUGCUUUACGGCCCCCUCGACGCCAGCACCACAUCAACAGAGGUUGCAGCAUCCACGCCAGUGACAUUCGAGAUCUUCGCGCUCUUCGUGGUUCCGGAGGCUAGGGGCAAGGGCGUAGGGAGGGGUCUUGUGGCUGCGGCGGUGGAGUGCGCGAAGGGCGUUGCGAGGGAGAGGGGGGUGGAGGGGUUCGUGAGGAUUGCGGCUGCGGGGGGGAAUGAGAGGGCGAUUGGGGUUUAUGAGGGGUUGGGGUUUCGUAGGGAGGAGGUGGAAGAGGGUGGGGAAGGGGAAGGGGAUGGGACUGUAAGGAUGGUUGUUGGGGUUUAG